AUGGCCCGCCUCCUCGCCGCUCUCUUUACCUUCACCAUCUUUGUCUUGCCAAGUGUCUUCGCCCAUGCACAGGCACCACACAUGCACCACUCGUUGGCCUUGAGCGCCCUCGUGGUCGUGCCUAACAUCUUCGCGCCCGCUGUCUCCGCCUACGUCGUCACCGUUCCUCCGGGCCACAAACGCAACACCCUGCAAGACCGGAAGAAUCACAAGCACAACAGUGCCGCCCAAACUGGCGCAGGCGCAAAUAGUACUGUCGCCGCCGCCAAUGCUACGGACGUCUCGGCUGUGGCCAAUUCAACGGCCACCUCUGUGAACGCUACCGCCGGUACCAAUACCACUGUCGACGCCACCGCCGAUACCAAUGCCACCGCCGAUGCUACGGCCAAUUCUACCUCGACAACUACUACUAACAAGGGCACCGGCAGCGGGAAAAAGGGACACCAUGCCAAUGCAAAGGCAAAUGCCAACGCCAACGGAGACACCGUGACCACUCUGAUCAUCGACGGCAUCUUCAACAAGCACAAGCGUGAAGCCAGGCCUGUCCCCGACCUUCAAACCGGUCCAGGGGUGAUAGCGAAAGCAGCGAAGCGCGAGCCCAGCUCCCGUAAAGAGAAUGUGGUCCGCCGAGGCCGGGCAGCGGCUUAUCAUGAACGUGCGUUCUAG